CUCGCCCUUACCCAAACAGUCGCGGAUGUAAAACCCUAACUUCCAUCAGGCAUAAACCCAACCCCAACCCCCCCCCCCCCAACCUCCCCCUUCAUCCCCCCAACUCCUCCCCCUUCCUUCUGAGUACCAAUACGCGAAGAUGGUUCGCAGUAUCAAAAACGCCAAGAAAGCAAAAAGGAAGAACAAGGGUUCGAAGAAGAAAGACGGUUCCUCGUCCUCUUCGAUACCCUCUCUGCCGGUGAAGGUGUGGCAACCUGGCGUGGACAAGAUAGAGGAAGGGGAAGAGCUUCAGUGCGACCCCUCUGCCUACAAUUCUCUUCACGCCUUCCAUCUUGGCUGGCCUUCCUUGAGCUUUGAUAUUCUGCGUGAUCCAUUGGGAUUGGUCCGUACCAAGUUUCCACAUACUGUAUAUUUUGUUGCAGGGACUCAGGCAGAGAAAGCUUCUUGGAACUCUAUUGGAAUAUUCAAAUUAUCGAACAUUUCUGGGAAAAGACGUGAACUAGUGCCUACUAAAUCUGCUGUUGGUGGUUCCGAUGAUGACAACGAUGAUAGCGAUAGUGAUGAAGAUAGUGAUGAGGAGGAGCUUGGUGGAUCUGGGGCACCAGUUUUGCAACUGCGGAAGGUAGCACAUGAAGGAUGUGUCAAUCGUAUACGUGUCAUGACACAAAGCCCCCAUAUAUGUGCAUCUUGGGCUGAUACUGGUCACGUGCAGGUAUGGGACUUAAGCUCUCAUCUUACUGCUUUGGCAGAAUCAGAAACAGAGGUUAGCCGAGGUGACUCUUCAGUUUUUAAUCUGGCACCGUUACUUAAGUUUGGUGGCCACAAAGAUGAAGGCUAUGCUCUAGACUGGAGUCCUCUUAUCCCUGGAAGACUUGUUUCUGGGGACAGCAAAAAUUGUAUUCAUUUGUGGGAACCUACAUCUGAUGCAACAUGGACUGUUGAUCCUCAUCCAUUUGUUGGACAUGCUGCAAGCGUGGAAGAUUUACAAUGGAGCCCGACAGAACCUCAUGUAUUUGCCUCUUGUUCUGUGGAUGGGAAUAUUGCAAUAUGGGAUACUCGAUUAGGGAAGUCUCCAGCAGCUUGUAUUAAGGCACAUAAUGCAGAUGUCAACGUUAUCUCGUGGAACAGGCUGGCUAGCUGUAUGUUGGCAUCAGGAAGUGAUGAUGGGACAUUUUCUAUUCGUGAUCUUAGAUUGCUCAAGGAAGGAGAUUCUGUAGUGGCACAUUUUGAAUACCAUAAGCAUCCUGUCACAUCCAUUGAAUGGAGUCCACAUGAAGCAUCCACUUUGGCAGUUUCAUCAUCCGACAAUCAGCUGACAAUAUGGGACCUUUCAUUGGAAAAAGAUGACGAAGAGGAGGCUGAGUUUAAAGCUAAAACAAAGGAACGAGUAAACGCCCCUGAAGAUUUACCUCCACAACUUCUUUUCGUUCAUCAGGGCCAAAAAGAUUUGAAAGAACUUCACUGGCAUGCUCAGAUCCCAGGAAUGCUCAUGUCUACUGCUGCAGAUGGUUUUAACAUCCUGAUGCCUUCAAACAUAGAAAAUGUCCUUCCUUCAGAUGGUGCUUGAGAAAGUUUGAAAUUGUUGGGCACCGCUCAUGCUUCAUGGACUGGGUAGCAAUGCAUGUACAGAACAGCUACUUAUCAACUACUUUUGAAUUUGAAGAAACCAUUUUUUUUGUUUUUUUGUUCCUUCCUAAUUUAUUUAUUUUUCCUUCUUUUUUGUGAGUCGAGGAUUGAUAUUUGCUUGGUGUACCCCAAGGGUUCAGGUUCCAAUUUACCAAUUUUGUAUUUGAAACUUUAUGUAUUAUUGUUGAGUUUCUAUAAUUUAGGGCACGCCAGUGCGGCCCAUGCAGUUUUUGGCA